AUAACACGUAUUUCGUGUAGUCCGGUACGAGAGGUUCGAGAGGAGACAGAGCGAAAAAGAUCGGUCGAAAGAAAAAGGAUCGUCAGUGUCGAUGAGUCCGGAUGGUGGUAAACCGGUCUGAGAAUGAAGGCGAUUGGCCGGAUCCUGGCGUGCGUGCUAUUGGUAGCUGUAUUCGGAAAAAAUGUAAUUGCAACGAGUGCCGCGAAUAUUAAAUUUUUGACGGGACAAGAUAACACAAUCGUAAGAUUCAAUACUACGCAACUAGAAUUAGUUCCGGGACUAUCGUGGCUGAAUCUUGAAGAUUCUCGAGGUAUUCUGGAUAGCGCAUUUGAAGACGAAGAUGAUCAAGACAUUAAAAAAUUUGAAGAGGCUCGCACUUUCGGAAGAAUCAGAAGAUUGCAGUUCAUGUUAAUGCCGAUAAUAUACAAAAUGGGAGUAAUGAUGACAAUGUUGAUGGUAUUGACAGCGAUCUCAGUAAAGGGACUUUUCAUUGGUAUUAUACUGCUGGUAUUUAAAUUCGGCAGUUUUCUAUCGAAAAUUUAUUCCGGCUGGCACGCAACAUCGCAUCAACCAAUUCACCUACACAUUCACAAUCCAUACGUUCAACCACAAGUUUAUCCACAAUUGUAUCAACAAUGGCCGAUAAGUAGUCCCGAGGACCAUCAUUAUUAUUGAAAGGGAAAUAUAUAUGUAUAGAGGUAUUUUUUCGAUUGCGAAAAUUUUAUUAAUAAGCCAUAACAAAAAGAAGAGUUUAACGGAAGUCAAUAGUACUCGAUAGAAUUUGCAUCAACUGCAUAAUUUAUUAGAAAGAGAGAAAUAGUUUUCCCUUAUUUUCAUUUAUCAAUUUUUA